CCGCAGCCCGAGCCGCACCCUCCGCGGACGGAGCCCAUGCGCCGGGCGACCCGCGCGCCCCGGCCCCGGCCCCCUUCCCCGCCCCCGCCCCGGCCCCGGCCCCGGCCCCGGGGGCAGUCGCGCCAGUGAGCGGUGGGACAGGAGACCACCCCGGUGGGUGUCGUGUGCCGCGAUCCCCUGAGGAACGAUGACGGAAUAUAAGCUCGUGGUGGUGGGCGCUGGAGGUGUGGGGAAGAGUGCCCUGACCAUCCAGCUCAUCCAGAACCACUUCGUGGAUGAGUAUGACCCCACCAUCGAGGACUCCUAUCGGAAGCAAGUGGUUAUUGAUGGCGAGACGUGCCUACUGGACAUUUUGGACACGGCGGGCCAGGAGGAGUAUAGCGCCAUGCGGGACCAGUACAUGCGCACUGGAGAAGGCUUCCUCUGUGUGUUUGCCAUCAACAAUACCAAGUCCUUUGAGGACAUCCACCAGUACAGGGAGCAAAUCAAGCGAGUGAAGGACUCCGAUGACGUGCCCAUGGUGUUGGUGGGGAACAAGUGCGACCUGGCCGCGCGCACCGUGGAGUCCCGGCAGGCGCAGGACCUCGCCCGCAGCUACGGCAUCCCGUACAUCGAGACGUCGGCCAAGACUCGCCAGGGCAGCCGCUCUGGCUCUGGCUCCAGCUCCGGGACCCUCUGGGACCCUCCGGGACCCCCGUGACCCAGCGGCCCCUAGCGCUGGUGUGGAGGACGCUUUCUACACGCUGGUCCGAGAGAUCCGGCAACACAAGGUGCGGAAGCUGAGCCCGCCCGACGAGGGUGGCCCCGGCUGCAUGAGCUGCAAGUGCCUGCUCUCCUGACGUCCCCUCCGCGUCCACCCUGGCAGCCCGCUGGCCCUCUGUGCCCCACGAGCACAGGCACGGGGUCCGGAGGUGCCGGAUGCCGGGAGGAGGUGCGGACGGAGGACGGAGGAGGGGAAGGAAGGAAGGAAGCACUCCCGGAGUCCGGCCAGCCCCGGGCUCUCUGGACAGAGUGACCGUGGACCUCCCAGGACGCUUUGCACGGACUGUCGUGAACUGACGCCACCGGCACCCCGCUGUUACUCUCCUCCCAGCCCCGUCCUGGCCCGCUGGGCACAGGCUGAGUUGCAGUAAAUUAUUUGAUGGUCUUGA